GGUAAGACUCUAUGGUUCCGUUCUCUCGUGGCCCUUCACAUCCUCUCCUUUAUGGUCCAACUGUAGCGCCGCAUAAGACGUCCGGUAAGUGUGAGCCGGUAUUUUCAGUUGAGAGGACACCAGGUUGGUGUGUGAGGAAAGGUGCGCUUCCAGCUGGAGAGUGUCGGGGCUCCCGCCGUAUGGUGGGCUGGUCACCUGUGAGGAAAAUGGCCGGACAAAGCGAGCACGGCACCUGGGAGGAAAGGCCGGUGUGUCUGGAGGAGUUUCGCCAAUACCAUGAGAAUGACAAGCAGUGGGCGGCCCGCCGAGAGUUCCUGGCCAGACACAUCCACCUAUACCCCGGGAGGAAGACCGACCAACUCAUCGCCCUGUCUUUGGUGUGGAGCAACAUCGUCUACAUAGGAAACCGUUAUGGAGACCAGCUAACAGAGAAAGUUCACCAGAUGGCUGAGGGAAUCGACAUUGGAGAGGUGACCUCUUAUGAGCUUGUUCCUGGUGCCAAAGCUGCAAAAAGAUCCAGUUCACCAGAUGCAGAUGGGCAACCUUCAAAAAAAAAGUUUGGACCACGGCCACGUUUUGAACCUGUGCAUUUUGUAUCCAGCACAGUGGAGGAAGACAAAGUUUUCCAAAAAACACGAGAAACCAAUACAAACCUGGACAGACAGACAGAGUGGGACAGCAUUUAUCCCUCAAAUGCCAAGUCGCAAGAAACAGCUGUGUGUACCACAGUCAGUGACCAUUCAGAUGCAGAAGAGCACACUGAAACAGAGUUGAGUUGUCGUCCCUAUGUAUAUGACCCAAAUGACACAGAUGAUCAGAAUAGAAAUGACUCUGUCAAUUUUAUGACUAAAAUGGAACAAGACUACUCUGCAAAAUUUGAAUCUCACUAUUCAUCUUUGGGCAAAGAUUUUCGGUCUAAUGUUCUCGAUAGUUGGACAGGUAUAAGCCCGCGAGGGAGAAAAGGAAUUGGUUUUGUAAAGCCACCGAAAAAGACAGGCAGGACUGGAAUUGAAAAGCAAAGUAAUGCAAACCAUUCCAUGGCUCGUGCAGGGAAUUCUGUAGAUAAACCAGGCAUUAAGCACCUUUCUGCAAUUGUGAAACUAAAUUUAGAAAACCCCAAAAUGACUUCAGAUGGUAGACACAUUAACUUCACCCAUGUAUUAACGCAGAGCAUUCAGGCAUGUAAAACCAAUCCAGAAUAUAUUUAUGUCCCUAUUAAAGACCUUCCACCUGGCAGUAUCCCAAAACAUAAGGGAAUCCCACCUGAUGGCUUUGCUUGUGAGGUCAGGUACCAAGAUGUGUACUUGGCUACUGGAUAUUCCUGGAGCAAGAUUGUGGCCAGAGAUCGAGCUGCUGAAUUGGCCAUACAGCUUUUACAGAAGCCUUUAGUGGAUGUUGCCACUGUUCAACGGCAGUGUGGAAGUGGUUAUCGCGAUGAUACGGUGGCUUGCUCAGCUGACAUGCGCAUGAAUAACUUUCCCCCAGCGCUAAAGCAUGAUGAUGCUUUCUUAAAUGACAGUGGUCAGUCAAGCCAACAUUUUUCCGAGUCAACUAAAGGUACUUCAUCCAGACCAUGGUCGGAGUUCAUCCUUACUGAUAACGCUUUUGAUGCAAUUGGCAUUCUGAACAAUUCAGCUACUUUCAACAAAAUGACAGUUGCCUACAAGUAUGACAUGAUGUCCAACAAUACGUGGCGUUGCUCUGUGUAUGUUCAAGAUCAUUUUAUAGCUGAAGCAUUUGGUAAUAAAAAGAGCAGCAAGCAUUCAGCAGCCGAGUUGGCAGUAAAUAUGCUAAAGUCGAUGCAACCUAACAUCCAAAGGGCCAUUAAUACAGAAAGUGCAGACAGUGGUCUUUCAAAAGAGCUGAAAGACAUUGUGGUUUAUGAAAAUGCCUCAAAUCCUGUAUGUACAUUAAAUGACACUGCUCAGUUUAAUAAGGUUGCCAUAGAAUAUGUCUUUGAGAGGGCAUCAGGACUGGAUUGGAAGUGUAAGGUUCUCAUAGGACAACAGUUUGUAGCAGAAGCUGUUGGUUUUAAGAAAACUGUAAAGCAUGAUGCUGCAUACGCAGCUGUGGAGGCUUUGAAGAGGACCCAGCCUGUGGUGGUUAACAAUCUGAAAAGGGGCCCGUCUGAAGAUGCCAUUUCUCGUAAUCGGAUCAGAGGGUUGUCAAACGAGGAUGCAUACAAACAGCAGAUCAAAGAGGACAAUAUUGGAAACCAGCUCCUACGAAAGAUGGGAUGGACUGGUGGAGGUUUGGGAAAAGAAGGAGAAGGAAUAGCUGAACCCAUUUCUGUAAAAGAGCAGUUUAGUCGGGAGGGGCUUGGUUUAAUGACAACUAACCAAAAGAUCACCAAGAGAGACAUUGAACAGAUGAUAAGAAAUUACGCCAACUCUUGUAAUCAGGAUGAUUUGACGUUCUCCAGGGAGCUGACCAAUGAGGAACGCAAAUACAUUCAUCAGAUAUCUCAAAGAUAUGGUCUCAAAAGUAAGUCCCAUGGACAAGGCAAGCAGAGAUUUCUGGUUGUAAGUAGGAAAAGAAGCAGACAAGAUCUCCUACUUCAGCUUAAACAAGAAGGCCAAGUUGGAUCCUAUGCGCUUGUUAUGCCUGACAAUUGACUUUGUUCAAUUUAAGGUUAUACCUGUAUACAACAGAGCACAGUGUAUAAGAACUGAAUAAAUGGUUCCUGCUUAUUUUAUUUACUGAUUAAAAAUAGACUUGUUAUGUCUGUAGAAAACCAGCCAGCAACCUUGAUAAAAACUCCCACUCGGUGAAUAUGGGUGAGGGAAGUGGGGGAGGGUAAGCUUGGCGUCUAAAUCUGAAAUCUAAAGAUCCUAUUCUUUGUUGUCAGUAUUUUAGUUUUCUUCCAACUUGCCUACUGGGGGUUGUAAAACUCAGAGAAUCCUCUGGUAAAUCUGUUUCUCAGGUUUAGGAAGAUGGAAGGGACCAGCAAAAUGUGUGGUUCAGGACAUUUCCGAUAAAAACAUAGUAAGAUUGUUUUGCAUUAGACUCUACUGAAACCUGUUGAAAUGGCAUUUGUUUCUCAAACGGGGAACCCUAAUGGACUCCUUUUGUUUAUGUUGCAUACGUUAUUUAUUAUGGAAAAAACUUUUUAUUUUAUGGUUGAAAGACAACGGAGUUUUUAUUUUUGCAUGGCUUGUUCUACAGCUCUUUGCUUCUUGUUUUUAAGUGUAUCUAAAGCUUAAACUUCUCCACUGUC